UUUCUGACGAUGCCAAAAUGGCGAGUCCUGUAGAAUGUCCGUAAAGACGACGGCUCUCAUAAUCCACAAAAGCUAGACUAUAAUACGGUAUGGACGCACCUGUAGCCUCUUCUUCAUCCCACCAUCCCCAAGCUCCUCUUCCGGCACCUUAUGCCGACCUCUCCUUCGAGCCUGCCUCGCAGGCCCAGAUAUUGCGGUCUCAUCAAAGGGAUACUGCUCAGAUCCAUCGACUUACGGAGCUUGCGUCGGAAAUAACCAGGUCGUUGGCAGGGACCCGAUGGCUAGCUCAGAAACAGAUGAUAAUUGAUCUACUUGUCAAAGCUAUCUAUCUAAGUCUCACAUUGGGAAGAGGAAGUCAGACUUUGGGAGAAGAGUAUACAGACAUACUCCCAUAUUCUCCCGGACGGAAACCGCCCCCUUCCAAAACAAGACGAUUUUUCACGAUCAUGUUUCUCCUUUUCCCAACAAUCCUUGUAUCACCGGCAUCUACCAGCUAUAUACGUACUGGCGGACUUUCACAACCUUCUUCAAGAUGGAGGAUUGCAAGGGAGAAGCUUGGAGACUUCCUAAGUUCUCCACUUGGCAGGGCGAUUCCAGAACUGCACAUGAUAGCAUUCUUAUUUCGAGGACGAUUCUUCGAACUUGCGAGACGCCUUACAGGCAUGUCAUAUAUAUCGGCUCUCCCGCCCAGUCCACCCGAACAACGCCCCGCAUCAUACGAGCCUCUUGGCCUUCUCUUGCUCAUUCCAUUUAUCCACCGUUUGCUCCUCCCUCUGCUGAACUCGCAAGCUGAAUUACCAGAAUCAGCUAAUCACGAAACAUGGAUAGCAGAUACUAUUCAUGAUGGGAAGCCAACAGAGCGUGCAUCCAUAGUCGGCGCUAAUACAUUCUAUGAUUCACCCAACACGUACCUCACGCAAGAAGCUCUCGAACUUCCCGAACGUCAAUGUACUUUAUGUCUCGAACCUAGGGGCACCGGAGAGGGCAGUGGAGGGACUGUAGCUGUGACCGAAUGUGGGCAUGUGUUCUGUUGGGGAUGUUUAGGUGGCCUUGAGAAGCUGGAAUGCCCUUUGUGCAGACAGUCGUUACGGAUGGAAAGGCUUAUCGCGGCAUACAAUCUGUAGAGCCUCAACUGUAUUUGACCUUUUACUCCUUUCUUGGCAUUGAUUCCCUUCUUUUAGAUAGUCCAAUUAUUUUCCUGUAACAAAAUCUGAGUAAUUUCUCAACGGUCAUCUGUCAUCGCCAACAAACUGCUUCAUACAUUUUGUUGUCCCGCAUAUUUUGGCAUAGAUUUACUCGAACAUUCGACCAGUCCGUUUAUCCAACUGGGAGACUGCAAGGACCGGCUGUUAUCCCCCUAUACAAACAUAGCACGUAGCACAGUGUUGUAGAUUGUAGAAAUGUAUAGCAUGGAAGAAUGCAGUCUAGU